AUGGGGUUCUGCCAGGAGGCCAUGCGUGCAAUUGGAGACAAGACCUCCCCUUCAUUGCCGUUGGACGCUGCGAGCACCAAAGCUCUCGAGAGGCUGAGAGGCAUCGACCCGAAGGACCGCUUGAAAUUUGUCAUCUUCAGAAUCACGGGUCGCAAGAAAGAAUCUCAUGAGAUAGUCGUCGACGUAGAGUCGGCCCAAGGCGAUUACGAGGAAUUUCGCGAGAAACUUCUGGAGGCCAAGGAUGAAGAUGGGAAUCACCCCGGCCCACGAUACGGGGUAUUCUCUGGCGAAUUUGACCUUGGAAGUGAUGGGAAGCGCAACAAGAUAGCACUUAUUUCCUGGGUUCCUGAGGGAUGUCACGUUUUCUAUUCCAUGCUCUACGGCUCGGCGCUGUCAGACUUCAAGAAACUCGUGAACCCGCAGGUCACCAUCCAGACAGAUGACAAGGCGGCCCUGGAAUGGAAGGAGUUCGAAGUAGCUUGUAUUGGAAAGCAACGCGGCUGA